AUGGUUCCAGGACUGAUCCUCGAGGGUCUCUGGUUGGUCCCUGAAGACAUCUGGGCUGACCACAACACUGCGACUCUCCAAGUUGUGUCUGUUAAGCACCUUACCAAGAACAACCACGAUGGCGGCUCCUACAACCACGGUGGCGGCUCCUACAACCACGGUGGCGGCUGCUACAACCACGGUGGCGGCUGCUACAACCACGGUGGCGGCUGCUACAACCACGGUGGCGGCUCCUACAACCACGGUGGCGGCUCCUACAACCACGGUGGCGGCUCCUACAACCACGGUGGCGGCUCCUACAACCACGGUGGCGGCUCCUACAACCACGGUGGCGGCUCCUACAACCACGGUGGCGGCUCCUACAACCACGGUGGCGGCUCCUACAACCACGGUGGCGGCUCCAACCACCACGCCGGGGGCCCCGAGUACGGGUCUUGCCGUGAGAAAUACACGGUGUGUGUGGAGUGUUUAUGCGGCCUCACAUAA